CCUCUGGACUCAGUGUCCAGCCAUCUUCAUUCGCAACAUCCACCCUUGCUGCGGUCCCUUUGUCUUUCGAGGAUGAGCGAGACCGAGGUGGAGAACCAGUCGGGCCCAGUUGAGGUCCCCGAUAUUGACAAGUAUGUGACCGGCUCGGCCUCUGGGGAUCUUCCGACCGGAACUCAGCAAGUUGUAGCUAAGCUUCUGGUGUCGAACUCGAUUGCGGGUUCGGUUAUUGGGAAGGCCGGAGCAAACAUUGAGCAGCUUCAGCGGUCCUCUGGUGCUCGCGUUCAGCUUUCGCGGGCGGGCGAGUUUUACCCAGGAACUUCGGACCGCGUGUUGCUGUUGUCUGGCUCGCUCCAUGCUGUGCUCACCGCCAUUUUCCUGAUUCUUGAGAAGAUUUCUCGGGAUGCGAGCGCCAGCGCAGCUGCCAAUGGUGCUAAGCGGGUCGUCAAGAAGCCUGAGGAAGCGGGCCAGGCGCAGGUCAAGCUUGCCCUGUCUCGGCGCCUCUGCGGCCUGCUUAUCGGCCACAAGGGCCAAACCGUCCGCGACUUCAUCGUGGACUCUGGCUCCACCAUCCGCGUGCAGUCGCUGAACGAGCUGACCCCCAGCGACCCCGAGCGCACCAUCACGGUGUCGGGCGCCCGGGACCAGGUCCUCCGCGCCGUGGCGCUGAUCCUCAACACGCUCUCCAUGCACGAGGGCUACUCCUCCUACAUGGAGACCACGCUGCAGCUGGCGACCAACCAGGGCGUCGUGCUGCCGCCUCGCGCCUCCUCCUCCAAGAACGUGCUGGCCAACGUGCGCACCCAGCUGACCCUCUUCAUGCCCGACGACGACGUCGGCGCCAUCCUGGGCAAGAAGGGGCAGAACCUGGUGGAGGUGCAGCAGAGCUCCCGGGUCACGAUCAAGAUCUCGGACCGCGCCAAGAUGGAUCCCACCACCAACGAGCGGGAGGUCACCAUCAGCGGCGUGUACAGCGCUGUCAAGCUGGCCGAGGCCAUGAUUGCGGAGAAGCUGUCGGUGGCCCGCAGCCAGGCGCGCAGCCGGGAGGGCGCCGCAAGCGAAGAUGCAUGAGCAUGACACCUAGUAGUUGCCCGGCAGUUGUUUGAAAGUGCGGAUUUGAUUGUGUAAGUGCCCAUGACCGGUGUAUACACGUGAGUAGCUAAGGGUUGCUGGGACCGGUCAAGGUCGACAUUGCCUGGGAAAUGGGGACGUGGGAGGCUUGCGUGCACUUGGCCCGUGCUUGUCUGUGGGAAGGAAGUUGUUUCCGGACCGUUAAGUUUAGCGCUGUAUAGGCGUGUGCCUUUGGCGGGGUAUUGGCGAAUGUCAUUGACUCAUUGUGCUGGGGCUAACUUGGGGGACUGUGCAUGUGUUCUUGGUUGUUUCACUUGAACCCCCAAGCCGCCGUGUGUAUACAGCGAUAAACGUAAUUGUAUGGUGCUAAGUUGUGAAAGUACACUUAACCUGGUAACAAACAUUCAGAGUCAUGCC